UGACAGGAUCGGGAGGCUUCUGGGAAAAAAUGGCAGCUUCCUUUUGUUUGUGAGGAUUGGCUGCACUGGGAGCGGACAUUUAAAGGCGGUGUUCAACGGAAACCCCGGUCUAUUUCACACACUGAGGGCUUUUCCUGCCUUUUAUUUACUUUCUAGAAGAUGGAGAAGAGCGGCAGCAUCGACAGUUUGGGCUCCAAACCCUCCUCAUCCCGACAACCAAGUGUUGAUUCAUUGUCCAGUACCUCCACCUCUCGCUCUGACCGCUCCGCCCAGGCCAAACCCCCAUCUGCACUGUCCUCCGACUCCGUGUCCACCUCUACAGAGUUCUCCCCGGAGCUCAGGGUAAAACCCAAAGCUGCUGCCAAGAAGGCGCACAGAGACUCGGAUAAAGAAGAACCACAGUUGCUUCCGAAUGAAACUGUGCAAGAUAUGGCGCAUGAUAUCACCUAUUUCUGUCCUUUUACUGGAGCGCUGAGGGGAACCGUGAUGGUCACCAACUAUAGGCUGUUCUUUAAGUCCAUGGACAGGGAGCCGGGGUUUAUGUUGGACCUGCCUCUCGGAGUUGUAAGCCGUGUGGAAAAAAUCGGAAAUGCUUCGAGCCGUAAUGAUGUGUCCUAUGGAGUAGUUUGCAAGGAUAUGCGGAAUCUACGAUUUGCUCACAAACACUUGGAGGACACGUUGAAGAAAUCGGUUUUUGAGGUUCUGAUGAAGUUUGCGUUCCCCGUGUCCAACGGGCUGCAAAUCUUUGCCUUUGAAUACGGGCAAGUUUUCCCUGAAAAUGGAUGGAAAGUUUAUGAUCCCAUAUCGGAGUACAAAAGACAAGGUAUACCAAAUGAAAGCUGGAGGAUAACAAAAGUAAAUGAUCAGUUUGAGCUGUGUGAUACGUACCCGUCCACCCUGGUGGUUCCAGUCAACAUCCCAGAUGAGGAGCUGAAGAGAGUGGCAGCUUUUAGAGCAAAGGGCAGGAUCCCUGUGCUGUCAUGGAUCCAUCCAGAGAGCCAGGCCACGGUGACACGCUGCAGCCAGCCGAUGGUCGGGGUGAACGGGAAGCGCAGCAAAGAGGACGAGAAAUACCUGCAGACCAUCAUGGAUGCCAAUGCUCAGUCCCACAAACUCUUUAUCUUUGAUGCCAGACCAAGCGUCAACGCUGCUGCCAACAAGAUGAAAGGCGGUGGCUUUGAAAGCGAGGAUGCAUAUCAGAACGCUGAGCUUGUGUUCUUGGACAUCCACAAUAUUCACGUCAUGAGGGAGUCUCUCCGUAAACUGAAAGAUGUAGUUUACCCCAACAUUGAGGACUCCCACUGGCUGUCCAACCUGGAGUCAACCCACUGGCUGGAGCACAUCAAGUUGAUCCUGGCUGGAGCGCUGAGGAUCGCAGACAAGGUGGAGUCCGGGAAGACGUCUGUGGUGGUGCACUGCAGCGACGGCUGGGACAGGACCACCCAGCUCACCGCCCUGUCCAUGCUCAUGCUGGACGGCUACUACAGAACCAUCCGCGGAUUCGAGGUCUUGCUGGAGAAAGAGUGGCUGAGUUUUGGGCAUCGCUUCCAGCUGCGGAUCGGUCAUGGCGACAAAAACCACACAGACGCAGACCGCUCGCCUGUUUUCAUCCAGUUCAUCGACUGCGUGUGGCAGCUGACCCGACAGUUUCCUGCAGCAUUUGAAUUUAAUGAGUACUUCCUGGUAACCAUCCUGGAUCACCUGUACAGCUGCCUGUUUGGGACAUUUCUGUGUAACAGUGAACAGCAAAGGUUGAAGGAGGAGAUUCCCAAGAGGACAAUCUCACUGUGGUCCUACAUCAACAGCCAGCUGGAAGAGUUCACCAACCCCAUGUAUGUGAACUAUUCCAACCAGGUACUGUUCCCUGUUGUCAGCUUACGCCACCUGGAGCUUUGGGUCGGCUACUACAUCCGCUGGAACCCUCGCAUGAAACCGCAGGAACCGAUUCACCAGCGCUACAAGGAGCUUCUAGCGAAGCGAGCCGAGCUUCAGAGGAGAGUGGACGAGUUGCAGCGGGAGGUGACAAACCGCUCCGUGUCAUCGUCCUCAGAGAGGGCGGGCUCGCCCACUCGCUCCAUCACUCCUGUGCAGACCAUGGUUUGACUCUAUUCUGACUGGAGGCACAGCCCUGCCUGGGGGGUGCAGAUCAGUGUCACAACUGGAAGCAAGUAGGACCUGGGUGUCCUCUUUAGGGGUUUGAUGCACUACCACUGAAUGUUCAAACAGGCGGGCUUCUGACAUCAUUGGACUGGAGCCAUAUGUAAUAAACUCGUCCUCUGACGUAGGUGGACAUGUGAAUGAAACGAGGAAGGACUCGGAUGCCUGUUGACACACCUACAAUUUAACUACACUAAUCAUUCACGAGUUAAAUUUUUAUGCCUUAUAUGCUUCAUAGGAACACACUUCUCUUUAUAUCUUGAAACACAGCAGCUGACAGUUUGGGAACAUUAUGAGUGCUGCAAAAAAAAGGUAGAUGGGGCAAAAAGCAAAGCAGUGGUUUUGUAGUUUUAUUUCCAAGCUGUAGCUCUAGAGAGAUGAUACUACACUGCAAAAGCUCAUUUCUAAAUAAAUAAGGGUCUUACAGUGUAUUAACCUUUAUUUGAGCAGGUAAUUAAGAUGAUCAACCAGUGGAAGGAGUAUUUUUGCCCUUAAAAUUCAAUGAUUAGAUUUUAUGUAUUUGAAAUAGAUUUUUUUUUUCUUUUAAACCUAAAACAAUCUAUUUCAUUGUUUUUCUUACUUGCCUGAUCAGAGGGAUCAAGGGAAAAUCCACUUAUUCCAAGGGAAAUUCUCUUAUUUAUCAUUUAGUUGUUGCAGUGUGACAUUCUGAACAUUUUUAAAAAGGUUCAUCUACAUUAAUUGAUUAUUUUUACUGGAAAAAUGUCCAUCUAACCAAGUCCAACUGUCUUAGGUCGAGCCAAAAAUCUUUUUCGCCUUUCUUUUUUUAUAUAUAUAUUUCCAAUAAAAAAAGCGGACUAUGUUAGAUUAUUGAUCUUAUUUUGAUCAAAUUCUACUCAAAAUUAGUAUAAAACUCUGCCAGUGUGGUGAGACACUGGUAUUUCAAGAAAUCUUAGCAAGUUUGGUUGUCUUACUGCACUGGAAGAAUAUUAAACAUGUUAUGAGUAGAACUUUCUUCAAAUAAAAUUAAUAAUCAAACAGGAACUUUUAGGCUUAAUUGGAGAUUGUAAGACCUGGUCAGAGACUUUGCAGUGUUUAGCUUGUUGUAAACAAACAUCUGUUAUACUUUUAGAACAGAUAUAAUCUAUACAUUCCUUUUACUGAGCAGUUUAACUUCUGAAAGUUUAAAUUCUUCUAAGAAGCUAAUAUUAUUUAUUAUCUCUUUGUUUGAACUUUGUAUUUCUAAGCAACCUAUCUCUAUGCUAAAAAAAAUCUAAAAAUAAGUAUAAGAUUUAUUAGAUUAGUGUAUUUACUCCUCAUUCCAGCAGGUACAUAAAACAAGAUAAAUAAGACUUGGAUUUAAUGAUAAUUGUACUUAUUUUUAUUCAACCAUUUGCUGUUUGGGCUCCUAAUUCAAUGUUCUCUGGAUGAUAUCACUAAAUCACUUUACUGCAAAUACUAUCACUUUACUGCAAAAUAUGCAACAAUUUCAGCUCAAUUUUUUCGAUAAAUGGAAUAUAAUAAUUAAAAUCUGUGCCUUUUUUGGAUAAAAUAAAACAAGCAUGCACAGAUCAUAAAUAAAUAAAUAAAAAAAACAUUGUUAGCAUUGUUUUUCUGCAUAUGUGCAACACUUGCAUGAAACACUAAUCAGCUUCAUAGUUUUUUCCUUCCAUUUAAACUGGUCAAAUGUUAAUGGUUUAGUUAAAAGACCCAGUAGUACUAGCAAGUAUCCUCUAGUUGUAAAAAGUGCCUUUCAUGGUGAAAUAAGGAAGGUUUUCUGGAGUUGAAUGUUUAGUGGGAUUCACACUGUUACGUUUAUGUUGUAGCUCUUAAAUGUUCUAAACUUAUUAAAAUUUCUCUGUUUUUGUUUUUUUAUUUAACUGUAUGUUAAUCUGUGUCUACAUGUGUAUCUCUAAUGUCACUGAUCAUUGUCCCAUUUUAAAUGUACAGCUAUUAAAGUCAUACUCUUCCACACCUUUCCCUUUGCUCUAUGCACGACUACUUUAAUUCAUUUUUUUCCCCACCUGCAUAUUCAACUUUACUGUUGGAUGUCAAACUGCAUUAAACUAUUUAAUAAAA